AUGCAAGACGUCAACCACUGCCGUGAAAAAGAAAACUUGGGUAACGUGCAGCCGUCAUCGGCGAGGAAAGCUGCACAUGUCAGUUUCUCCACUCCCUCGAAAGCUGCUCCCUCCUUUCAAAUCCAGAGAUCCUUCUCCGAGCGCAAGCCAGGGCAGCUAGCAAGAGCAGACGCUCGCACCCCCCUCAAGGGCUUCCAGUCGCAGCUGCCCGAGGCUUCUGUGACUCAGUCAGCAUCCAAAGUCAGCCAGAGAGGAGGAAGGAGUGAAGCCUGCCAUGAGGAGGAGGAGUUUUCCCGUGAUGUCGGGUCGCUUGCUGAGAUCCUGGAAGGGGAGGGUAUCGCAGAGCACAGGAUCCCGACCGUGGGCAAACAGAGCAUGUACUUGUCUGUCCAGGAGCUGCGGGAGCUCCGUGAGAAACGCUCCUCUAUCUUCAAGGGACCGUUGAGGGUUGUCAAGACUUCCAAGAGCGCGACCGCAAGCUUCCGACAGAGCAUGGCGGCGAGAGAGAGUUUCCUUGUGCCCAGGAACGCAGCAACUCCCAAGCGCCUCUCCUCCAUGACCCCAGGGUCCGCCGACAAGCAAGCUCCUUUGUCAGCUGGAGCUGGAGCUGGAGUCAGAUCUGUGGACCGCAGGACUCCGGCUGGGAAGGAGGAGGGGAGGAGCUUGUGCCAUGCUCAGAGGUCCCUGAACUUUGCGCGCGCGGAGAUGACUCCAUCGAACUCGAGAGCUCGGAGCGUCGCAGGAGUGAUCGGCUCUCUGCUCAAGGACAAAAGUGCGACUCCGUCCAGGAAGGUUGCAUUGGAUCUCAGCAAAUGCGAUGAGGAGACCGAACUUUCUUCUCCUGUCCCUCAGCUGCAGCUGGGAGAGAGCAAGGAGAAGGAGUCCUACCUGCCUGAUGGUGGUGGUUUGCUGCUGCAAGAAGAUCGCUCUGCGAUGGAGACGGAGGGAGGUGGGAAGGAGGAAAGACAAGUCAAGGAGGAGAUGGAGAUGAAGCAACCAGACGAAAACGCAAAAGAGCAGAACGUGGAUGUGCUCGGCACAGUACAAGUUGAGGCUCCAGGGACGGAGAGUUUCCAUCUCUCAGCUCAGUCAGCUGCUGUCCUCUCUUGCAAAGAGCAGGCGGCAAGCAAGCAGCUGGUGUCGGAGGAGAGGCGAGGAUCCAGGCCAAGAAGCAGGAAGAGCAUCCUGCUCCAGGAGUCUCGGCGCCGCUGCGGAGUGAAGUCACCCAAGAAGAGAGCGACGAGCCUGCAGCAGGUGGAGGAUCCGAAGGGCAGCAGCGAGUUGACGCAAGUGGAGGAGGAGGACGAAGACUUCAUCGAUGGAGAGGUGUGCAUUCGCCCCAUGCACAGGACCUCCAGGAAGCCAUUCCUCUCCUCGACCCCAGCUGAAGAUCAGCAGCUGGGAUCCCCCGAGAUCGAGCUGGGAAAGGUCAUCAAUCAGGUGGGGCCAGAGCUGGGCAGCCCGGAGGUUCAUGAGCGAGCUGAGAAUCCGAAGGAUCGCGAGCACGAUCGUGCGUAUGAGCGACCAAGUGCUGGCGCCCUCGUGCAAGCGUGCGAAGCCUCUGGUGGGGAAGAGGAGGGCGGGGUAUGGGAGCUGACCUUGACGUACAAGGAAUGA